AUGCAGUUUCGAAAAGAUGCAUAUGACACUCCUUUUUGCUGCUGCUUGUCGGAGGGCUGGGCUGUAUCCGAUAAACGCGAUAGCUCUGAGCAGCGUCUUACGACAGAUCACACCCGCCAUGGCAACUGGACCGAGUUCGAUUGCAAGCACCCACUAAUCACAGAUGCACUUAACUACACGCCCUCUGAGAAAUGGAAGGGCCUGAACGCAGACGCUGCGUGGGGGGAUGUUGUCAGAAUCUGGAAGGAUACCGACCGUUACAGAAGGAUCAAAUUCAUGGAAUCAAUCAGAGCUACCCUCACUACAGGGGAUGGCGCCAGCUGUGGAGUAAUUGACUCUGAUGGAUGUGUCCCAUUAGACUGUCCAAACGGUGCUAAUGGACCGAUAUCGGGUCCCGCGGCGCAGCUUAUCUGGAAUUCGCUGGCCCAAGUUCAUCAAGAAUACAAAUAUCAUUAUGAAAACCUGCAUUUAGGCGUCGCGGUACCCAGCGAGGUUGUUGAGGAUUUCGAGGAUCAAUUUCUGUCGGUUAUUCCACGGCACAACGAAAGUUGGCCCUUGUUGCUUGCUGAACUGACAACCCUCGGAUACCUUUCGACUGCCGGGUCGCUUUACAAGAGGCUUCAAUAUUACGAUGCGAAGGACAGUGCUCUAUACAACGCCAAGAACACCACUGUUGAUAUCAUCGAGCAAGAUGUUACCAUUGCAAGAAACCUUUCGGCCAGCGUCUAUACCCCUCCAUUGCCGGAGACAGAAGAUACCUUCUCUGGCUAUAUGAGCCAGCUGUUCAGCGGAGCCGAUGAGUCGCUUGAGAUCCUGUGGGGCAUUAUUUCCAAUGGAAAGCUCAUCAGCGGCAAGGGCAAAGAAAGACUUCCCGAGGACCUUGACUCUGCCAAUUACCUGCACGAAACGUUAAAACAAAACGUUGCUAAAUCAUUCUUUGGUUAUUUAAUUCCCGCCAUCUGGCAUCUAUCCAAAACGUAUGCCUUUGUCAUUGACUCGGGUUACGGGUGCUCUGAAGACAACAGGCUCAGCCAUUACAUCGACAGAGUUACCGCGAAUGCAACGGGUGUGUGUGUUGAUGAAAAGCAAUACUACCUCGUGUAUCCAGACGGUGAUUCCAGAACAUGCCAUUGUCAGGUUAUGACCGGUAGAGGCCCUUGCCAGCUGGGUUGCACAAACAACAAAUUCUCGGCACCUCCGGGACUAGACUCGCUGGGCACCAUAUACAGAAAGUUUGGAGGCAUCACCAAGGAGGAUCUGGUCGAGGGUUCCGUCCGCACAUGGUUUGAAAAUGUCAAGGAGAAUGGCGGGCUCGCAGAUCCUACCAACAAAGAAACCAUCGAUGACCUGCUGGACGGCAACAUUACGACCCCUGGAUUCAUACGGAUCCCAGUCUGUAGCCCCGAACGAGCAUUUCAAUCCUGGGACACUGCCAAGCCAGGCUCCAGUGAAUUCUAUCCCUGCGACAUCCCGCCCGGAAGAGACACUUGCCAGGAGUCAACAUUUGAAGACCAGAUCACCGACGCAUCGCCGAGCAUCGAUGACUGCCUCACUAUCAUCGAGAAUAUCGAGGGCGAUGGCACCAGUGAUUGGACACACUGGGUGGUUGGCAUGCCACAUCGUGAGAUUCUGUGGGCCGGAACUUGUGCAUUUGGCGUUGAAGCUACAAAGGUUCACGGCAAUGUUGACUUCGUGGUCGGGGGACAGGAUGUUAUCGAUAUUAUCAAUGAGUCUGUCAAGCGGUUUGGUCGAGAUGGAAAGGUCGGAGCCAAGGGAGAAAUGAACUGCAAUGGUAAUAUCAGACAGCAGCCGGUUCUCUGGGGCAUAUAUCAUACGAAGUAG